UGUCGACUUCGUUGAACUACUUAAAAUAUGUUUUAUCGUACAGUUUUGCUGCUUUUUAUCAUUCUGCUGCAGACUAUCUCAAGCUUGGACAGCUACAGUUGUGGAGAAUUAAGUGGAGGCGACAUUGCCAAGCAGCACAUAUCCAGCUUGUAUUAUCGCGAUGGCAAUGAAAGUCCCGAGGAAGGAGGAGGAGGCUGUGCAUCGGUCAAAAAUCCAAUUGCGAAUGGAGAUCCCAAAACGAAAGCCUCAAACAUUGCCCAGAAGGCGGCGCAGGAAGCGAGAGCUGCCAGUGAUGCGCAAAUGGCCGCAGCCGAAGCAGCCGCAAUGCAAGUCAAAUCCGAGUUGGCGGAGCGAGCAGCGCAGUCGGCGCGGGCAGCGGAGGCGGCGUUGGCGGGCAAGCAACAAAUUGUGGAGCAACUGCAGCAGGAGUUGUGCGAAGCGGAUGCCGUAGUCAGCGAGAUUACAGCAUCGCUGCAGAAUUCACAGGCCAAUGCGCACAUGGCCACUGAGGCAGCGCAGGAGGCGCAAAAUCAGCUAAAUCAGUUGAAACGUUUUGUGGCAGCGGCCACUGCUAAUUUGGUCAAUAUUGAGAAUGUGGCAAGUGGUGCACAACAGGAGCUGGCGGAGAAGACGCAACUCCUGGAGGCAGCCAAGAAUCGUUUGGAUGGUCUGAAUCGGCAGAUUAACGAUGCCAAGCAGGACUUUGAAAAGACCAAGAAUGCUGCCUAUAAAGCAGCGUGUGCUGCUGUUGAAGCGAAGCAGAAGGCUCAAAGGAAUCGUCGAUUGGCGCUAUUUAUUCACCAAUUGAAGCAGCCAAAAACGCGCGAACGUGAUUUGAAAACAUAAUUAUUACACACUUCACUUAUUUAUUUAUUCAAUUUUGCACUUUCACUUUAUUAUUCUCAUUUUAUUA